AUGAAUUAUCAAACUGAACCUUUAGAUCUGUCAAUAAAAGGAAAACCUAAAAUGUUAAAUAUCUUCGAUUUGAAAUUCCUCGCAGGACUAAACAAUCAUCUUGUUAAAUUGUAUGAAAGGACAAGUUUUGUAGAUAAGAGGGCAGGUACCAGUCAGAAGGGGAUGAAGACAGUGUUACCAUGCCAAGUGUGCUUGAAGACAUUCGAUAGACCGUCACUAUUGAAAAGACAUAUGCGAACCCAUACAGGUGAAAAACCUCACAUCUGCAAUGUAUGCAGCAAAGGCUUCAGCACGUCCAGCUCUCUGAACACUCAUCGUAGAAUACAUACAGGUGAAAAACCACACAAGUGUCCGGAGUGUGGCAAGUGCUUUACCGCCAGUUCAAACCUGUACUACCAUCGGAUGACGCAUACAAAGAACAAGCCCCACAAAUGUAUAUGGUGCCCACGCUCGUUCCCCACGCCUGGGGAACUCCGAGCCCACAUCAACUCUCAUACUGGGCAAAAUCGACACAAUGACCACAUCGGCAAACAUAAACACGAUAUAUGGCCCGUUACUGUUAGCCAAAAUCGUUAUCGCUAUACGAAAACUUAUAAUGGUCAA